GAGGAGGUCGUAGUGCCUGCAUUUGCCACAUCAUUGGAAAUGAGUUGAUGUGGUAAUGCAAAAACUUCAUUCUUUCUUUUCUGUUUCAAGUCCACUCUUUUUUGCUUUUCCAUCAGCAUGUGAUUAUUCUUGUUGAAAAACAAGGCAACGUUUAUAUAUAUUCAGGGCUGCAAAUUCAAUAGAGAAAGUAAGAGGACUGACCCACUUUGAUUAUCAUCAUCAAUAUAUAUGGUGAUGGUUGUCUGUGGGUUUGUUUGAGGUGUUUCAAUAUUAUGAAACAAGGAAUUCAGUAGGUGUGACUUCAUGUAUAAAAGAUGCUCUGCAAUGAAUUUGAUUAAAAUGCUUCCAUGAAUUCAAUGGGAAAGAAAAGGAGCUGGUUUGGUUGGGUGAAGAAGACAUUCACUUCUGAUGCAAAAACAAAAACAGAAAAGAAAUCAAGGAGAUGGAGAUGGAUUUUUGGAAGGCUGAAGCUUAAGCAAUAUCACCCUGCACUUCCAGCACCACAGAAAUCAUUUUGUCAAGCAACAGAGGAACAAAGAAAGCAUGCUCUGAAUGUUGCCAUUGCGACAGCUGCUGCAGCUGAGGCUGCAGUUGCUGCUGCCCAAGCGGCAGCUGAGGUUGUCCGUCUUGCAGGUGCCUCCAAGCCUUUCCAUCAUUUCACAACAAGGGAUAGAAACUUGGCUGCUAUUAAGAUUCAGAGUGCUUUCCGGGCAUAUCUGGCAAGGAAAGCACUGCAGGCACUAAAGGGACUGGUGAAACUCCAAGCCCUUGUUCGUGGCCAAGCUGUGAGACGUCAAGCAAUGAAAAAUAUGAAGAGCUUGCAAUCUGGUGCAAAAAUGUACCCAGAGGUCAAGGAGAAGAGUGCUUCUACGACAAAAGUAAUUUGUCAAGACAUCAGGAGAAAACAGAACCUCAUACACAAAGAUGAAGUGCGAGAGAAGGAAGUUAAACAUGAAUGCAAUAGUCAAAAGAGUUGGAAUGACAGUGUGCUUGCUAAAGAAGACUUUGAAGCCAUAUGGUUAAGAAGGCAGGAGGCAAUAGCCAAAAGAGAGCGCAUGAAGAAAUACUCAUACUCUCAUCGGGAGAGGGCAAAUACUCAUAUGAUAGAAGAAUCAAUGCUCUGCAAAGAACUUGGAAGCAGCAGCUUCAUGGAACCAGGAGCAAAUGCUGAGGCAAAUAAAAGGGAAAGAGUGAUGAUUUUAAAACCAAAUGUACCUUCAAAUCUGAGUACCUGGGAACCACAUGGUCCACCUCAUGUUAGAUUUGAAAAUAUGAGAAAGCAAGAUACGCUGGAAGGAUUCAAUUCAUCCCUUCUGUUUCCAAGAAGAUCAUUUUGUCGGGUUCCGCAGAGUGCAUCUGGAGAUGCAAAUUCUCCAGCUUUUCCUACUUAUAUGGUUGCAACAGAAUCUGCAAAAGCGAAGGCGAGGUCAAUGAGCGCGCCAAGGCAACGGCAUCAAUGAGAAGAGCAGUCUUCCUAGGUAUCGACUUGACUGAGUUGUCAAAGCUUUCUGAGGCUAACUUUUUAGCUCUGAGACAUGCAAGAGCUAGAACAGCUUCAUGUUACAGGCAAGACCUUAUACCGUUGUGAAGCUAUUCUUGUCAGAUUGGCAUGUAGUAGUUUGGUGAAUCCACAAAAUCUCAUUUCUGGCAAAGUUCAUUUCAGUGUUUAAUGAGGUAUAUAGAUACUCGUUUGUUUGUUUGUUACUUAUUUUCUUUUCUUUUUUACGUUUUCUCUUUUAAUGGGAAAAAGGGUUGUUAUGGGAAGAGUUUUGUGUCAAACAAUGUGCAAUGAAAGAUUUGGCUUUGAAAGAAGUUUCUUAUGCAGUUAGUUGUAAAAUUCCCCUUGAGUGCAGUAGGUGUUAAAACACCGAACUGGAAAAUGUAAAAAUUAGCUUGAAGGCGUGUAUCAAUGUUAUCAUUCUUAAA